AUCCGGGGAAUCUGUCCCUCACAACUUCCGCUGUUCAAGAAUUGCUACGGCCCUCUUUUCAAGCACAUGUGAGAGUUCCUCAGCUCACAGCUCUCAUUAUGCAUUUCAACGCGCUGCUGAAGGUGAGUGUCGUAUUGGCACUCUCGUGGCUCGGAUAUACUCAGACAAUUGUUGUGGAUGGUCAAGUCAUCAACGCCAAUGAAUCUACUAUUUCUCCCGCUUUCGUCACGGUCAACGCCUCAUCCUCCAACGCCACAGCUGAUCUCUUUCUUGGCGAAACUCACCAACUUACCGAUGCCGUCCUAGCGAAUCUUACCGAUCUUGGUUUGACUAACAUCACACUAUUUGGCUUCGCUGAUCCUUCGACUGCUGCUAAUCAAUCCGCCAUUGGAACCUGCAAGACUUUCCCAGGGGAACUAGUCGUCUUUCCAGGCCAGAUUACCGACCGGGUCUUCGAUCUUCUCCUGGGCGGCAGUCUGAUCCAAACCAAACCGCUCGCUUCACCGUGCUACAGUGACUACGGGAACCAAGAUGCGGCUAAGUGUGAUGAAAUCACAGCUCACUGGUCCGACGACUCUUACAUUCAUACGAAUGAUCCGACUUCAAUCAAUGCGAUCUUAUUCGAAGGGACGUCAUGUGUGCCACAUAAUGUGAACCCCUAUGCGCUGAAUUGCACCAUCGGUGCCUAUCCGACUAUGUCGGUCAACGUUACCACCGUAUCCCAAAUCCAGCUGGCCAUCAAUAUGGCGCGUAGCCUGAAUUUGCGGCUCGUUAUCAAGAAUACUGGCCAUGACUAUAGCGCAAAGAGCACGGGAGCGGGUGCUGUCUCUCUUUGGACCCAUAAUUUGAAGGAAAUCAAGUAUUAUGAGGAUUACGAAGAGGGAUCAUAUAGAGGACCGGCGUUUAAGAUGGGAUCAGGAGUUCAAGUUUUUGAGGCCUAUAAGGCUGCGCAUGAGCUCAAUCUUACAAUUGUCGGUGCAGAGGGCAAGACCGUCGGACUUACAGGGGGGUACAUUCUCGGUGGUGGUCAUUCCCCUUUAUCAAGUUUGUAUGGAAUGGCAGCAGACCAAGUCCUUUCUAUGGAACUCGUUACAGCUGAUGGUCGUUUCGUAACGGCCAGCGAGAUAUCUAACCCCGACCUAUUCUGGGCUCUUCGGGGUGGAGGCGGGUCAACGUUCGGAGUUGUGACGUCAAUGGUCAUCAAAGCAUUCCCAGAGAUUCCAGUCACGACAAUGAGCUUCAGUCUGAGCAGCAGCGAAGAAAUAUCCACCGACCAAUUUUGGGAAGCUGUACGUGCCUACUUUAAAGACUUCGCCAAGUACACUGACGCUGGUAACUACGCUCAUUUUAAUCUCAAUGCGACGAGCGGCAAUUAUGUUUGGGAUAUGGCACCAUGGUUCGCACCAAACAUGUCGAAAACGGAGUUGGAAGCGCUUGCUGAACCCUUCUUCAAAGCGGUUAGUGCCAUUGGGCUUGAUCUAGAGCCAACGUACCAGGAAUAUACCAACUUCUAUGAUGCUUGGGAUAAAUCUUUCCCAUUGGAAUUGUGGGGGUCAAAUCUUGCUCGGUAUGGUAGUCGACUUUUCCCAAGGGAAAACUGGGAGGAUCCUACAAAGCUCUCGUCUACCUUCGAUGCUAUUCGGCAUGUAGUCGAUGGCGGCGGAGUGGUAUCUGCUUAUAACGUUGCAGCUGCUCCGAAAUCUGGAUACCCGGACAAUGCUGUUAAUCCAGCCUGGCGUAAAACAGUCUUACACGCCAUCGACAUCGCCUCGUGGACUCAAGAUAUGUAUACGGAGCUCAUCACAAUCUGGAGCAACGUUUUGACAUCGGAUUGGGGUAGUCUGUGGCGCUCAGUGUCGCCUGGUUCAGGCGCAUACCUUUCAGAAUCGGACUACAUCGAACCUGAUUUCCAGCAGUCAUUCUGGGGCGAUAAGUACGACAGGUUGUAUGAACUAAAGAAGAAGAUCGAUCCUUGGGAUGUAUUCUAUGCGCAGAACGCUGUCGGGUCGGAGAACUGGGAAAUGUCGGAUUACAUCUUUGGAAAUCUGCCCUCGCAGAACAGUCGUUUGUGCUUGAAGGGGACUGGCCCCUCUCAGCAAAACAAGAUCCGGGACACUCAUUGAAGCCCAUUAGAGCUGGAUCAAGUUCGAAAUACGAUGCCCCCUUCCUUGGCCGCUAAUUCUUGAUACGAAUAAUAACAAUUUUAUAUGACGAAUAGGUAAAAUCUCGUGCAUUUAUCUCCAUCAAGCUUAAGUGCUCUUACUAGAAAGCAGGUCGAGAUAAGGUGACUGAUAGAACGCUAUUUUAUUUUUAGCUUAUCUCAGGC